AUGUACUCACGACACAACCAACCCUUCAUCAUCCCCUCAUUCCGGAAAGGCAAGGUCCUCAUUCUUCCUCCUGCCCAACUCAAGGCCAUCUAUAACAAACGCGAAGAUGAGCUGCUGGCCCACGAUCCAGCCUCAGAAGCGUUAUCCUUUGAAUGGACAAUCUGCGAUCGAGAAGUCUAUCCGGGCAGUUACACCGUCGAUGUGAUUCGCAAGUGGAUUACCAAGAGAUUCGACGAGUUUUCAUCCGAAUUGCAAGAGGAACUGUGCCUUGCAGUGGAUGAGCAAUUCGGCAUGAGUCAAGAGUGGAGAGAGGUGAAGCUCUGGCCAGCGGUGCAGAGGAUAUUCACGCGGGGCCUGAACAGAGUUCUUGUGGGCUUUCCAUUAUGCAGAGAUGAAUCGUUCCUCGAGACUAUGCGCCGGUUUGCCAUCGAUAUGCCGUUCCAGGGUUUGUUCAUCACGCUGUUUCCAAAAGUCCUCAAGCCCAUCCUUGCUCCGUUGAUAUCAUGGAAUGCAAGACGGGACACCGAAGCAGGCAUCAAAUACUGUACUCCGAUUAUACAAGAUUAUCUCAAAGCUAAUCAGAACUCUACAAGGGAGAAGCCGGUCAAUAUCCUCCAAUGGAUCAUAGAAGCCAGCGCCGCGACUGGCGAUCCCUCGCAACUCGACGCCCACCGUAUAGGCCAUCGUAUGAUGAUUCUCAACUUCAACCUCGUUCAAGGCGGAUCGAUCCCCUUCAGUACUGUUCUCAGCGACAUCUGCAACGGCAAACACGCAGCCUCGACCUUCUCUCAACUCCGCGAUGAGGCGACAUCAGUCCUGGCUUCUACCAAGAUCUGGGAUCGCGCCGCAAUAUCCAAGCUCGUUCUUGCCGACUCAGUAAUUCGCGAGUCAAUGCGCUGGUCUGACUUUGGUCUCUUUGCCCUCCCGCGGCGCGUCAACUCUCCCGGUAUAACUCUCGACAAUGGUAUUUACGUUCCGCCCGGUGUUCAUAUCGAAGUCCCAAUGCAUGGUAUACAUAUGGAUGAAGGUUUUUACGCAGAUGCAGCCACUUUCAAACCGUUUCGGUUCGCGGAUGGGACUUCGCCGUCUCGUUCUGCCGUGACCCUUGACGAGAGCUUUCUUGGAUUUGGUUAUGGGAAGAACGCAUGCCCAGGGCGGUUCUUUGGCUCGCAUGUCAUGAAGGUUGUUCUGGCGUAUCUUGUUAUGAAUUAUGAUGUAGACUUUGGGGAUGAGGAACCUCCGAUGCAGACCAUGUGGGAAUAUAGAAUCCCAAGGGAGAGCACUGCCAUCAAGACUCGCAGGAGGAUACAGGCGCGCAACCCCACUUGA